GCCAAUGGCGCCAUCAGAAAAAAACAACAACUUGUUUCAGUGUCAUGUGCCUUCAGUAUCAAAUAGCAACAAAUAACCAGGAAGCUUAAGAUAAACAUCCCUUGCCCUGUUAGUACAAUCCCGUGCUGGUCACAGCGCGGAAUCAAUAUCUACUGUGAACUAUAUCAAGGCCAUCACAUACACGUCAUUUCUCGUGAGGAGUGAAGAGUUGAUUAUAAUCUAAGGAAGUGAAUCGCGACAACUUUAGGUGUGUUAAAUACAUUUAUACGGUGGCGUAACUUCAUUUCACAAUCAACAACCAACAUGGCUGCAUCUUAUACACAGGGAACAAUCGUCCCUAAGAACCCCUUUUCGGCCGAGCAGGCGGCGGGCGCUCUCAGAAAGGCCAUGAAAGGGCUAGGGACAGACGAGGCGAAAAUAAUCGAGGUAAUGUCGUCCCACACCAACCAACAGAGGCAGGAGAUCUUUACCUCCUUCAAAACUCAAUUUGGCAAGGACCUGCGUUCUGAGCUGAAGUCGGAAAUCUCGGGCCGGUUCGAGGACCUCGUGCUGGCUUUGCUGGAGACGCCCGUCAAUUAUGACGCCAGGGAACUUAAAGCCGCCAUCAAGGGUGCUGGCACAGACGAGGGUGCCCUUAUAGAGAUUCUGUGCUCCAGGUCCAACGCCCAGAUACUGGCCAUAAAACAAGCCUACAAAACAUUGUUCAAGAGUGACCUAGAAAAAGACAUCAUGAGCGACACAAGCGGCCACUUUAAGCGCCUACUCGUCUCACAGCUGGCCGCCGGGAGGGAUGAGUCUGGUAGUGUUGACCCUGACACCGCAGCACAGGACGCUAAGGAACUAUUUGAGGCUGGUGCCAACAAACUUGGCACAGAUGAAUCCACCUUCAAUCGAAUAUUGAGUCUACGAGGCUACGCUCAACUAAAGGCCGUUUUUGAGGCGUACCAACAAAACCAUGGCAAGGAUAUUGAAGCUGUCAUCCAAGCAGAGACCAGUGGCUAUCUAGAGGACGGCUAUCUUGCAAUAGUAAGAAUCGCCAAGAAUCCACCUGCGUAUUUCGCUCAGCGGCUGCACAAGUCAAUGAAGGGGGCCGGUACCAAGGACUCGACUCUCAUCAGAGUAGUCGCAAGCAGAUCGGAGGUGGACAUGAUCCAGAUCAAACAGGAAUUUCAGCGGCUGUUCGGCAAGACUCUCGGUUCCUUCAUCAAGGGUGACACGAGCGGAGACUACAAGAAGUUGCUGCUAGCACUGUGCGCAGAGGAUUACUUCCAGGAGAGACGCAGACACCUGAGGUUGAUCUUCCUGUACAAGGUGGUGGAAGGGCACGUACCAGCCAUUGACAUUGACCAAUUUCUUAAAACUCAAAGACAUAAAAGAACUAUAAGGGCUAAAAGAGUUGAAGACUACAUGAAUACAAACAUUGUUGAGAACUCAGUGAACAACACUACCAAGAAAAGAAUCGUGAUAAUAAUAAGUUUUUAUGUUACACAUUCACGGUGGAAUAACUUCAUUUUAAGUUCAAUCAACAUGGCUUCAGUUCAUAAAGAGGGAACUAUUGUCCCUAAAAGCCGCUUUUCGCCCGAGCAGGCGGCGGUGGCUCUCCGAACGGCCAUGAAAGGGCUUGGGACGAACGAGGCAGAAAUAGUCGAUGUGAUGUCUACCCACAACAACCAACAGAGGCAGGAGAUCUUGGCCACCUUCAAUAGCAUGCUUGGAAGGGAUCUGCGUGCUGACUUGAAAUCAGAACUUUCGGGCCGGUUCUUGGAUCUCGUGCUGGCUCUGCUGGAGCUGCCAGUCAAUUACGACGCCAAAGAGCUUAAAGCUGCCAUAAAGGGUCUGGGAACAGAUGAGGAUGCCCUAAUAGAGAUUCUGUGCUCCAGGUCCAACGCUCAGAUACUGGCCAUAAAAAAGGCCUACAAAAUAUUGUACCAGAGUGACCUAGAAAACGACAUCGUUGGCGACACAAGCGGUAUCUUUAAGCGCCUACUCGUCACACAGCUGGCCGCCGGAAGGGAUGAGUCUGGGACUGUGGAUCCUGCCAUUGCAGCACAGGACGCUCAUGAUCUAAAUGAGGCUGUUACCAACAAAUUGGACACAGAUGGGACCACCUUCAACCGAAUAUUUUGUCUACGGAGCCACCGUCAACUUAAGGCCGAUUUUGAUGCAUACCACAUAAGUUAUGGCAAGGAAAUUGAAGAUGUCAUCCGCGCAGAGACCAGUGGAGAUUUAAUGGAAGGCUAUCUAGCCAUAGUGAGAAUCGCCAAGAACCCACCUGCGUAUUUCGCUGAGCUGCUGUACAAGUCAAUGAAAGGGGUCGGUACCAAGGACUCGACUCUCAUCAGAGUAGUCGUCACCAGAUCGGAGGUGGAUAUGGUUCAGAUCAAACAUGCGUUCCAGCGGCUGUACGGCAAGUCGCUCCGCUCCUUCAUCAAGGGCGACACGAGUGGAGACUACAAGAAGUUGCUUCUAGCUCUGUGCGGGGCCUCAAAAUAAAUGACGAUUAAAUAAAGCGCUGUAAACAUACACUAGACACUUUCAAAUCGAUUGUUAGCAAGGGCAUGAGUUGUUAGGUUCACAUGAUUAUACAAUCAACGAUCAUCAUCGUUUUCCAUAUCGUUUUCACGUGUUUCUGUUAUAAAUCUGAAUCUGGCAAUAUUUAUUGAAUUACACCAGAGUUAAUGGAACUAUGUAAAGCAAUGAACUAUAUUUUGAUAUUUGCUGUAAAUUACUUGCCAUUUAUCAUUUAUUUGUUAGCUAACUAAAGGUAACCGCUUUUUGUUUCUUACAUAUUAUAUUUAUAAUUGCUACCAGACGCAGCCAUAAAAAGAAGGGUUAUUUCAUCUUCAUCACAUUAUUUUACAAAAUACCUGGCAAACUUGUCUUUUCAGAUGAGUCUUUUUGUAGAAUAAAUACAAUCUGUCAGCACAGAUCAUGUAAUAAAUAGGUUUUAGGAGUUAGGACCGUCAUUAUUUAAGUGACACUCUUAUUCAAAAUCAAUACAUACACAUGCAUUACAAACAUACGUUUUGAGUGAUAAACCUUUAGCUACUUACUAAAUAAUGCAUAUAUGGAAGAUAUUAAUUACUGAUAACGAGAUUGUAACCGUGUUUUUAAAGCUGAAAAUGGAAAAUAUUAAAUGAUUGGUGAGUGUUAAAAAAAUUACAGUGAUCUACUAUCGUAUCUUAAGGUAGAAAUACCGUGUUUUCUUCACCUUUCUUCCAAAUUUAACCUGGUAUACUUCAUAAGAACCAUUUUUUCGACAUUUAUUCAUCAUUUUUAGCACAUUUAAACAAUUGUAUGAAUUGUGGUAAAUCUUAUUUGGGAGUAAGAGUGUAUCAUUAAGAGUAUUCUAAACAAGUAUAAUUAUACCACAAAAUAUAAAUACGGACUUCUCUCUCAUCAUUGUAUUUUACGUAACUAUCUAGUAUUACAUGUAAUGUACCUACUUAAUUAUUAUUAAACUUGAAAUGUG